AUGGAUACUAAAAACCAUUCGAGUGAUAGGGCUAGGGCGUACCCCACAGGCGACGCGCAGGGGCAGCACCCGGCUCCUGUGGGAAAUGGACAAGGGUUGUCGCACCGGAACGGGCGGGUGCGACGUAAGAAGCGAGCUCGAAGUGUGAGAGAGUUAAAAUUGAGGUGUGCAAGUUGGAAUGUAGGAACGAUGUCUGGAAGAGGAAGAGAGCUAGCAGAUGUUUUAAAAAGGCGACGGAUAAAUGCAGCGUGCCUGCAAGAGACAAAGUGGAAGGGUGCAAGGGCUAGGGAAAUCGGAGAAGGAUAUAAAUUAUUUUAUUGUGGAAGUGAUGGCAAGAGAAAUGGUGUGGUCAGGCUGUGA